UGUAAACAAAUGGCUGACUAUCGAACGUAAUGGCUGAACUUAAGUACGAUUUGGCUUUGGUUAAUACUGCAUCUGGGACAAAGAUAAGAGAAAAACCUUGGUACAAAGAGAGAUUACAUACAAAAUAUAUAAAAUCACUCAAACCAGAAGACACAUCAAAAGCAUUACUGGGGAAAGACUGGCUUUUCUUAAAGGAUGGUUUAGAUGACUUUAGAGAUGGCCUCCCACCACCAGUCAAAGGAGAUAUAUUAAUAAAAGGUCAUAAAGGACCAGGGCCUAAUCUAAAAGGCAGUAGUGAAAAUAUUAGUCCAGUUAAGCAGCCUGCUGUGAAGAACCGCUUCAGCAAACAUCAAAUAUGUUACUCUCGGUCAACACCCCUUCAGCAAAGCAGAAGAGACCACAUAGAUGAAAUAGAGUAUAGUCUUGUACUGCACCCCUUGGCUCUCUACCCUCAUUUGGAGGAGAGUGUCCCUCCAGAGCUAUUUGAGGACAUUGUUGAUAUACUUGAUCCGGAGAUGAACCUUGAUCCAGAUGAAGAUUUCUCGGAUCAGCUGGAUGAGGAGGAAGAUGAAGAGGAGGAAGAUGGUGAAGUUCAAAGGUCACCAAAGGAGAAAGAGGAGGAUGUACUCAAAUCAGAAGGAGGCCACAGCCAGGACUCUGAUGAACCAAGGAUAAGGAAUCCCUACAGAUGGCUCCCAAGAAGAGAUGAAAAAGACAAAAAAGAUAAAAAGAAGAGUGAUAAAAGUGCCUCAUCAGAGUCUCAGGAGGAACAUAUAAAGAAGGUAACCAAGGAUUUCUGUGACUGGGUUGCAGAAAGCUUGGGAGGUGACCAGAAUAAGUUUGAGGAGUCCACCAUCAUGAGUCUGUUUGCCAGUGGUUAUGAGACAAAGCCUGCUCUGUCCGUCCCCAUCCAUGUUGUAGAACUGACUAAUGUCCCCCAGGAGCUCCGACAGCAGGCCACCGUGUCUAACCAACAAACCAACAAAAACAUUCCCGCUCCUGAAGAAAAGUCAACAAAAUGGAAAUACUCAGGCCAGUAUGAGCCUAGCUGGGUAAAGUUUAAAUAUGGAGCUUGGUACCUGGACCCCAAAUCAUGGAGAAAAAGACAGGAUGAUGAACCAUUAGAAAACCCCAAAGACAUCAAAGAUAAAGAGAUGUCUGAAGCCAAGAAGAAGAGUAAAGAACUGGUAAUAUUUACUGUAUUUCUAUUCUACAAAUUGAAUGAACACACAAAACCAGAGUUUUUGGAUGAGGUGGCUAAAAUUCAGGAACAGGCUUUGAUUGAGGAACAAAAAAGGCUUAAAGCAGAACAAGAUGCCAAGCAGAGAAAACUGUACUCCAGGAGAAGGACUGAAACAGAGCAGUCUGCAGCUUAAGUGUGGUCAUGUGACAGUGAGGUCAAAAGGUCAAGGAUAUGAAGGCUCCUUAAAACACCAUAUAUUACUGUGAUAAAAAAAAUGAACACAUGGACUUUUUUUGUAAAAUGCAUGUUAAUUAUGCAUUUUUUAGUUAUUUCCAUUUCAGUUUUGUGAUGAAACUGAAUGAAAUACACUAAGUUAAUGAAUAUUGUUUAUUUGUUAUAUGUAAUAUUGAAAUAAAAUCACCAGAAAGAUUA